AUGAUUGGGUUUCGUAACGGUGCCGUUCCCGGCGCGCGCGUCCCCUCGGCCCCGGCCUCGGCGAAGGAAGAAGCCCCAGUGUGGGGCGGGUGAAGGAAAACGCAGGAUUGCGUCAUUCCCAGGGCCCAAAUCUAUACGAUGGCUGUGUGCGAGAAGGAGAGUGCGCGUCCCGCGGAGGGUGACGGACAGACGGAGUGGGGGGACCUCGGGGGGCCUUUUUCACAGGCCGCCGGCCUCGGUGCAACCGGCUGUCACCGCCCGAAACGACCCCGUCUCCGAGUGCGGACCACUCUCGCGAGUGGAGAUUGGCUCGAAAACAAGGUGGCGGGCCCGGCCCCACACCGUCAUGCGUAA